CGUUGGACGCUGUUGAAUUUUAAAAAUAAUGUCGGUUGCAGCGCAUAAGUUGCUUUAAAGAAUAAUCGAAUUUAAUAGUUAAAAAAUUAGAUAAUAUGUUAUACAUAAAAUAUUGGAAGUGAAAACUGCAAAAAAAAAAUUGUUUCACAUUUAAACAUUAUAAGCCAUAUUAAACUUCCUGCAAAUUAGCUAUCGCUGUGAUUCAGUGCAAGUUUUAUAAAAUAGUAAGACGUACGGUUUUUUUAAUUUUGGUACCAACAACACAUUGGCCAUUGCAACGUGAUAGAUUCUGUAUCUCAUCAUAUCGGUUUGUCGUUCAGAGAGUAAUGCAACGCUAACAUAUACAAAAUGCCUCGAAAACUAUUGAAAUUUCUUAUAAUCUUCGAUAAUACAUCUUUGCUGUACUUUCCUGGACAAUUUCUAUCCGGUCGUGUGCUCAUCGAACUACAAGAUGAUACUCCUGCGCUGGGCCUCCAUUUUCAUGUAGUCGGCGAAGGUGUAGUCCGUGCAGGUACAGCGCGACAGGAGCGAACGUACGACAAAGAAAAUUAUAUUGAUUUCCGAAUGCGGCUUCUGGGCGAUGUUGAUCAAGGUCCAUCAGUGCUUUCACCUGGUAUACAUAGUUUUCCAUUCAAACUUGGUCUGCCGGUGGGUUUGCCGUCAACGUUUUUAGGUCGCUAUGGUUGGAUACAAUACUACUGCAAGGCCGCUCUGCGUGAACCAAACGGACUUAUACACAAAAAUCAUCAAGUAUUCAUUGUGAUGAACCCGAUCGAUCUCAACUUGGAGAGGCCCAUUCUAUCGCAACCGUUUACUUGUGAGAUCGAACACAAACUUGGUGUGGCAUGUGUGGGCGGCGGCAAAGUUAUCGCUCGAGUAGCGCUAGAUCGUGGCGGCUAUGUACCAGGAGAGAGUAUAUUGAUCACUGCAUUAAUUUCGAAUCACAGUAAUGUGACGAUUAAACGAACAAAGGCUUCCCUCACAGAGACCAUUGAAUAUUUGGCACGAGGGAAAGUCGUACAAACGGAAAAACGUGCCUUAGCCGCUCUGGCACGAGGAAAAAUCCGUCCCGGCGGAAAGGAUGAAUGGCAAAAUGAUAGCUUAUACGUACCACCACUGCCACCCACAAAUUUACAUGGAUGUCAUCUAAUAAAAAUUUCCUACGAUGUAUUUUUUGUCAUCGAACCGAAGUCAUUGGAAAAGGAAAUCAAAUUACAGUUACCCAUUGUUUUAGCCACAUAUCCUUUCCGUAAUAAUGGCAAUGACGUCUCGAAUACAUGGCCAGAUUCCGUGCUUAAGCCAGACACCCAUUAUCCUUCCACACUACCAAUUUUUCGACCAUGGUUGCAUGAAAAACCUGAACCCAAUUGAUUUGGAAACAAAUGUGUAAGACAUAUGUAUGUAUUUAUGUAUGUUUACACUGACAUGUAUUGCACAUAUAUGUAUGUAUGGUUAUAUUUUGGUUGACUUUUGACCGAACAAUCUAUUUCGAAUUAGCAUUUGCCUGUUCAUCAAACAUUAAAUUGUUGGGUGCCAGUGCACCCAUUUAGUUGAACUUAAACAGCUUUACAUAAAUGACUUAAUCUUUACAAAAGUUAAAAUAAAAUAAUUAAUUUUACUCAUUGAUAUCAUCAUUUUGAAAACAAAAGCUGCCUAAAUCAAACAUUUUUUUGUCAAAAGUCCACAGAUAUGCACAUAUAUGUAUGUAAAUGUUCAUAUGUUAAACCAGCGAUCAGUGGUUACUUAAAAAGUUCUUUAAAAAAGCAAUAUAGCACACUCAUACAUAUUACACCACAUACAUAUGUAUAUAUGUAGGUACAUAUACAUGUGUAAAAAUACAUAUGUAUGUACACUUUCUUUGUUGUUUUACUACUUUCUAACGCAAGCCACUACUCCACUAAAUAUUAUGCGUACAUAUGUUGUUCGCUGCUUACGGUAAUAUGUGUGUUAUUUGCCUCUGCGAUAAUAUAUAAGUAAUAUUAUGUUUUGAUUAGUUUCUAUUAUUCACUUACGUUUGUAAACAUAUUUUUUAUGUAAUAAGUUAUCAUAAAUGUACUAAAUAUAUAUUUUUGUAAAUAUUUAUGUACAUCUAAUUCCAAGAUCGCUUAAAGCGUCUUCAUUUUUGAAUUGGAAUUUCGAAUACGUUCGUUCGCAGCCAUAAUAAUUUACCUACGACAUACGUAGUAUGUAAUAUGUAUUAAUUGUACUUAUUUGCAUUAUACUCAUACAUAACAUAUGCAUAUAUAAAAUAAGGAAGAUUAUAUACACAUAUAUUUUGAAAUUUAAUUAAUUUAAGACGCGUUAAUAAAUUACAACUUACA